AUGACGACGGCCAAGCGACUCGACCCACGGACCGAGAGUGACGCGGCGCCCAUCACGGGCUACUGCAAGGACCGCUUCGAUCCGUCGCAUCCGGACGCCGACUGGGGCGGCUACGUCAACCGUACUUUCAAGAAGCGGUCGUUCAAAGAUCCGUUGUCGACCCGAGACCACUUGGUCCAUGGAAAAGAUGCCAUUCUGCCCGCCCUCACGGCCGAGAAGCCCGCCGGUCGACGGACGUUUGCGCAGAAUCUCAACCAAGCCAGCGUCGACCCGGCAGCCAAAGACUCGCCAUUUCAUACCGGUGUGCACCAGGUUGGCCCCGGCGGCGAGCACAACUGCAACACCUGGAAAACGUCGUAUGAGCUCCAGACUUCAGCGACACCGACGAACCGCGAUACUCAAGCGCCAGGCACGGUGCGAAGCUUGGGCCAACUGGCCCAUAAACGCCAUCCACAGGCAGCAGUGGAGGCAAAGCGUGCCACGCCUCCACGCACCCUCCCGCCCCUGGAGCCGGGACAAUCGAAGCUCCCCGAAGUGCGCAAGCAAGGGUCGCUGCUCGCUGGCAUUGGCCAGCGCCUCGCAUCGUCGGACGCGCUCGCCCAUCAACCGCUGCCCACCGCGCACCUCUGCACAGCGUAUGUUACGCAGCAAAAGACUCUCGAGACGGAAAACCGACACAAAGUCCUGCUCGGGUACACGGGGCAUCGAAAAGGGGUCUAGUAGGUGAAGACAAAAUGGCAUUUGGCUUUUGGGUGAUGCGGACAACCAAAGUCGCAAUAUGAGCACACAGGGC